GUUUCUUCCGCGUGCGGACACCAGAGACCUAUUACUCAUAGAAAAGUGUUUGUUUGGUUCCUCUGUUUCCGCGAUUACUUAAUAGGGUUUGCGGCCUGCUGGAAGAUCUCGCCGCUCAGUGCGAAGGUUUUAGAUUCUGAUAAGCGUGAUUCCGUUUGGCGAUUCGAAGAUGUUCAACUGGAAUGAUCAGUACCAGGUUAACGAUCAGUACCAGGUCGGAGUUCCAUUAUGGAACAAAUCUAAAAAGAAUGAAGAUCAAAUUUUGCCACUAUCAAUGAAUGAAGGAAAUAGUUUGCUCACAUUUGGAGGGUGUAGAAAGACGGAAAGAGAUGAAGCUAGGAACACUGAAUGGUCAAAGUCCCAAACAUCUGGAGCUAAACACGACUUUCUCAAUUGCGACAUGGAGUUGAGAUCUGAUAAUUCAUGUCAAGAUUGUAAUAAUUCAAGCCUUCAAAUGGAUUCAUGGCCUGAUUUGCCCUACUUAAGCAGCACUCUUACUGGUGGAAGUGAUCAGGAUUCUGUGUUGACUGAGUUCAUGAAUGAUUUUGCUGAUGCAUCUAACCUGUACCCAGGAGUGGGAACCAUGGCUCGAUAUAAGAAAUCUAACGAGCUGUUUCCUAACAUGGAUAUAGUACCUUUAAGCAAACCGUGCAGUCUUUCUACUGGCGAUGCAAUGCAGGUGGAUGGUGUGCCUGAGCCGCUCGGCCAUGCUGAUGAAGGAGAUGACAGCUUCUUGGACUAUGAUUGGGCUGAUAUUGAAGAUUUGGAUGAUUUUGAUAAGAUGUUUAAAAACAAUGAUUCCAUUUGUAGAUACGAGGAAAUCCACAGUGAAAAUUCUCAGUUAAUUGCAGGGCCUGGUGUGCUGAUCUCCAUGGAACAGUCCUCUGAACACUCUGACGCAAAUGCCAAAUUUUUGCUUACAAAGAAGGCAGACAGGCAGAGCCAAACUUGGAGAUCACUGGAGGAAGAAGAAGGAAAGGGUGCUUCUUUUCAAGGUCAAAACUACUCCUAUUGUUCUGAAAAGCAACAAAUGUCUAGCUCCGGAGCGCAAGUUUCAAAUCUGAAUCCUUCGCAUAUUAUUCAAUCUCCACCUUUGGCCCAAGAAUGUUCAAGUAAGAACCAGACCCAGGAUGCUACCACCAUUGAUUCCACGGAAGAGUAUAAAUUAAAUCAGUCAACACCUGAAGUUAGCUAUCUGGAAGAGCAACAUCAGUCUCAGGUGAUGUCUAAAUCAAUCAAUGGCCGCUCCAUAGAAGUAGCCAUCUACCAUCAGCUUCAAUAUACUCUGCAAAAGUUAGAUUUGAGAGUUAAGCUCAACAUUCGCAAUAGCUUAUUUCGAUUAGCCAGAAAUGCCAAGGAUAGAUUGAGUUCCAGCGACAGAAGUUGUGCUGACAUGAACAAUGAUGAAUAUGAGAUUUCCAUGGAUGAAGAAUCAAACAAUCAUGACAGAUUCUCCAGUAUUCCAGACUCAGAGAGAUUUACCAAUCCCAUUGACCGGAUCGUUGCCCACCUUCUCUUUCACAAUCCUUCUGGGUCUUGCUCACUGCCAAUUGGAGACGGGAAUGUGCCCAUGGCCACCUCCAUGUGAAUCCGCCCUCUGAAUAUGAUAUAAAAAGAUGAUUACAUGAUGUUGAAGGACAGUAAUCGUUCUCCUCCAUUCGAAAAACAUUGAGGUAUAAAUGGAAGAGGUAACCGAUAACAAGUUCAAGAGUUCUAUUGGCUGAUGUCAUACUAAAAGCUUUCUAUUUGGCGUUCAAGAACAAGCACUAAAGUCUCAAUGGUGAUAGUUUGAAGCCGUGAAACUUCGUAAGAGCUCAACAAUUAUCAUAGAAGAUCAUAAUUAAUGAGUGAUUUGAUAUAGGAUAUGUCAAACUUUCUUAUAUGAUGGAUUAUGCUCAUAUUGUGUCUUUGCAUGUGUGUGAGAGAGAGAGUGUGUAUGAGUAAGAAAGAGAGUGAGAUAUAGAGCAAGCAUUUGUGUUAUGUGUUUAUCUCUCAAGUUACGAAUAUUCCUUUAGAUGCGAUCAUGAACAUAUGU